AUGUACCCGAAUUGGGGCCGCUAUGGCGGGAGCAGCCAUUACCCGCCGGUGCCGCCGCCGCCGCCGCCAGUGGCGCUUCCCGAGGCCUCCCCGGGGCCCGGCUACGCCAGCUCCGCCGCCCCGAAUGCUGCCGCCUCCGCCGCCGCCUCGGCCUCCUCCUCCUCGGCCUCGGCCUCCUCCUCCUCCUCGGGCUUCCUGAGCUUCCGCGAGCAGCACCUGGCCCAGCUCCAGCAGCUGCAGCAGAUGCACCAGAAGCAGAUGCAGUGCGUGCUCCAGCCCCACCAUCACCUUCCUCCUCCUCCUCCUCCCGCCGCCGCCGCCGCCCUGCUCCCCCCGCCCGUGAUCGCGGGUGCCGGCGGGGGCUACGGAGACUGGCAGCCCCCGCCGCCCCCCAUGCCCCCGCCCCCCGGGCCGGCGCCCCUCAGCUAUCAGAAGCAGCAGCAGUACAAGCAUCAGAUGCUCCACCAUCACCACCAGCAGCAUCACCAGCAGCAGCAGCAGCAGCAGCGAGAUGGGCCUCCUCCUCCUCCUCCUCUGGUUUCUAUGGAGCUGGAUUCACCCCCGGCUUCUCCAGCUGCACCCCCUCCAGGGUCCUACCUGACCCCUCAGCAAGCCUACCUGCCACCACCACCCUCUUACUACCCGCCCGCCGCCGCAGCCCAACCCUUCCUGGCCCAGGCUCAGCCUUCCCCGUCGCAGUCGCCCCCUGCCCAGGCUUCGUACCUGGCGCCCACCCCUUCCUCCUACUCGAACUCCUCUUCCUCCUCGCAGUCCUACCUGAGCCAGGCCCAGACCUACCUGCCCUCUUCUCAGGCCUCGCCUCCCUCCCGGGCUUCCCAGAGUCACCCCAAAGCCCCACUCUUAGCUCCUCCUUCGGCCACCCCCUCCGCCUCCGCCGGGAGUAAAGCCACGGCCCAGUCAGAGACUUUGGAGAGUGGUGGCGCCAACAAGAGCACUGACCCACAGCAGGCUGCUGCUGCCCUGGAGCCAGAUCCCUCCACCAUGACUCCACAGGAACAGCAGCAGUAUUGGUAUCGACAGCACUUGCUUAGUUUGCAGCAGAGGACAAAAGUGCAUUUGCCAGGGCACAAAAAAGGCCCUGCUGUAGCAAAGGAUGCACCGGAGCCUUUGAAAGAGGAUGCCACAGUCACGGGUACCAGCCAAGCAUCAGAACCCCUGCUAUCUGAGGAGCCCCCGUUACCACCCCCAAAAGAUGAGGUGGCACCUCCUCUUCCUCCGGAGGAACCUCAGUCUGAGGACCCUGAAGAAGAUGCCUGGCUGAAACAGUUACAGGCUGCAGCGGCACACUGGCAGCAGCACCAACAACACCGAGUUGGCUUCCAGUAUCAGGGUAUAAUGCAGAAGCACACUCAGUUACAGCAGAUCCUGCAACAGUACCAGCAGCUCAUUCAGCAGCCACCCCACAUGCAGAACAUGUCUGUAGAUGUGCAACUGCGGCAUUAUGAGAUGCAGCAGCAACAGUUCCAACAUCUCUUCCAAGAAUGGGAGCGAGAGUUCCAGCUAUGGGAGGAACAGCUCCAUUCUUACCCUCAUAAAGAUCAGCUUCAGGAGUAUGAGAAGCAGUGGAAAACGUGGCAGGGACAUAUGAAAGCCACUCAGACUUACCUCCAGGAAAAAGUCACUUCCUUUCAGAACAUGAAGAACCAGUAUAUGGGGAACAUGUCAAUGCCACCUCCUUUUGUUCCAUAUUCUCAAAUGCCUCCACCUCUACCAACAAUGCCUCCUCCGGUAUUGCCACCGUCAUUGCCACCACCAGUGAUGCCUCCUACCUUACCUACUUCAUUGCCGCCACCUGGCAUGCCCCCACCUGUGAUGCCACCUUCUCUGCCAACCUCAGUGCCCCCACCUGUGAUGCCUCCAUCUCUCUCAUCAGCAGGGCCACCGCCAGUUCUUCCCCCGCCUUCCCUCUCUUCUGCCGGGCCGCCGCCUGUUCUUCCUCCGCCAUCUCUCUCGUCUGGGGCGCCCCCACCUGUUCUGCCUCUCCCGCCAUUAUCUUCAGCUACACCUCCUCCAGGAAUACCCCCACCAGGGGUCCCACAAGGGAUGCCGCCUCAGAUACCGACAGCCUCCGUUCCACCAGCCUCCAGCUCUCAAAGCUCACAAGUUCCAGAGAAACCCAGACCAGCACUGCUUCCCACUCCUGUGUCUUUUGGUUCAGCUCCACCCUCAACUUACCAUCCUCCAUUGCAGUCAACCCAUGGCCCAUCAGAACAGAUGAAUUCCAAAGCUCCUCUGAGCAAGUCUUCUCUGCCAUAUAGUCCAUUCUCAUCUGAGCAAGGACGUGGGGAGUCUUCCACUGGUUCGUCUCACUCCGUCUCUCUGACCAAGGACAUGCCAGUGAGGUCAGGUGGAUUGCUUCCAGACCCUCCUAGAAGCAGUUACCUGGAAGGUCCCAGAGGUCCAAGAUUUGAUGGUCCUCGAAGAUUUGAGGAUUUAGGGUCAAGGUGUGAAGGACCGAGACCCAAAGGGCCUCGUUUUGAAGGAAAUCGCCCCGAUGGGCCAAGACCCAGAUAUGAAGGUCACCCAGCAGAGGGCACUAAAAGCAAAUGGGGGAUGAUUCCCCGGGGGCCAGCAUCUCAGUUUUAUAUUACCCCCACUACAUCCAUAAGUCCUCGACAGAGUGGACCACAGUGGAAAGGCCCUAAAUCAUCUUUUGGACAGCAGCAUCAGCAGCAACCUAAGGCACAAGCAGAACCUCAUUCAGGAAACAAAGAACCAUUAGCAGACACCAAUAGUAACCAGCAGAAGAAUUUUAAAAUGCAGUCCACUGCUUUUCCCACUGCUGCCGAUGUAAAGGAUGCCAAGGCGGCUCAGUCAGAGGAGAAUCUAAGCAACUCUGAGCAAGAGCCACCUAAAAGCGAAGCCGCAGAAGGGCCUAUGGAACCUUCUGAUUGGAACCAGAAUUCUGAAAGUAUGGAGACUCAAAUGGACAAAGCCCAAGCUGUUCCUCAGACUGUACCCCUUGCAAAUAAAUCUGUAUCUGCUCAAUCUACUUUUUCCUCAAAAAUGGGGGGGCUGGAGGGAGGAGCUGCUGUGGCAACAACAUCAUCGUUAACUGUAGAUAAUGAUUUUAUUGGUCUGUCCCAUUCAGAAAACAACCAAGAUAAAAAGCCACCAGAAAGCAGAGAUAAUAGGUUAGAAGGGGGUAGAGGCAGUGGCUCCUCGUACCGAGGUUCUGGGCAAAGUAGAAUGGAAGACACACGGGAUAAAGGACUGGUUAAUAGGGGUCGAGGCCAGGCAGUCAGCCGUGGCCCAGGGUUGGUCAAACAAGAAGACUUUCAUGAUAAGAUGAUGUGUAGAAGAGAAGACAGUCGGGAGAAGAUGAGCAGGGCUGAAGGCAGCAGAGACCGAGGGUUGGCGAGGCCGGGAAGCAGCCGAGAAAAGGCUCCAGGUGGUCUGCAAGGCAGUCAGGAUAGGGGGAGAGCUGGCAGCCGAGAAAGAGGACCACCUCGGAGGCCUGGGAGUCAGGAGCGAGGACCCCCUCGCAGGGCUGGAAGUAGGGAGAGAAUCCCACCCCGAAGAGCUGGGAGCAGAGAGAGGGGACCUCCUCGAGGGCCUGUCAGUCGCGAGAGAGGUCUGGGAAGACCAGAUUUCGGUCGUGACAGGGCUCCAUUUAGACCAGAACCAGGAGAUGGUGGAGAAAAAAUGUAUUCGUAUCAGCGAGAUGAGCCUUCUAGGACUCCAUGGAGCCAUGGGGAAGAAAGAGGGCACGACGAGUUCCCCUUAGAUGGUAGAAAUGCUCCAGUGGAGCGGGAAAGGUUUGAUGAUUGGGAUAGAGGGAGAUACUGGAGAGAGUGUGACCGUGACUAUCAAGAUGACACAAUAGAUCCGUAUAACAGAGAGGACAGGUUCUCGGCACCAUCUCGGUCUCAUGACGGAGAGAGGAGAGGCCCUUGGUGGGAUGAUUGGGAGAGAGAUCAGAAUAUGGACGAUGACUACAACAGGGAAAUGGACAGGGACUUGGACAGGGAUGUGGAUCGAAUUGGAAGACCUCUGGAUAUGUAUGAUAGAAAUUUGGAUAAUGAGUGGGACAGAGAUUAUGGGAGACCGCUGGAUGAGCAAGAAUCACAGUUUCGUGAACGGGAUAUUCCAUCUCUUCCACCUUUACCACCCCUUCCACCUCUUCCACCUUUGGAUAGAUAUCGGGAUGAUAGAUGGAGAGAAGAACGAAAUCGUGACCAUGGGUAUGAUCGAGAUUUCCGUGAUAGGGGUGAGUUGAGGAUCCGAGAAUAUCCAGAAAGAGGAGAUACAUGGCGGGAAAAACGAGAUUAUAUUCCUGACAGAAUGGACUGGGAAAGAGAACGGUUAUCAGACAGAUGGUACCCAUCUGAUGUGGAUAGACAUUCCCCCAUGGCGGAACAUAUGCCUUCCUCACAUUCUUCUGAAAUGAUGGGGUCGGAUGCAAAUUUAGACUCUGACCAAGGCCUUGGAGGGGUAAUGGUUCUCAGUCAGAGGCAGCACGAAAUCAUUUUGAAAGCUGCACAAGAACUGAAAAUGCUUCGGGAACAGAAAGAACAACUUCAAAAGAUGAAAGAUUUUGGAUCUGAGUCACAGAUGCCUGACCAUCUAAUGCCCCAGGAAUCAAGACUACAGAAUACAUCAAGACCUGGACUGUAUCCGCCUCCAGUGUCUUAUAGACCCCCACCUCCUCUGGGCAAACCACCGGGUUCACUUGUAAGACCCUCUGCUCCACCAAGAUCAUCUGUUCCUAUGACCAGGCCACCUAUCCCAAUACCGCCGCCUCCACCUCCUCCUCCACCACCUCCUCCCUCUGUGUUAAAGCCAAAAAAAUCUUCAGGUGUGAAACAAGAACGCUGGGAUGAAGAUUCUUUUUAUGGCCUCUGGGAUACAAAUGAUGAGCAAGGAUCGAAUUCAGAAUAUAAAUCAGAAAAGGCACCCAUUCCUUCCACUCCACUGUUACCACCCCCACCUGUUCACCCUUCCAUUCCCCCUCCUGGCCCACUGCCUAUGGGCAUGCCACCAAUGCCCAAACCACCGCCAGUGCAGCAGACUGUUGAUUAUGGCCAUGGUCGAGAUAUAUCCAGUAAUAAAGUGGAACAAAUACCCUAUGGAGAAAGAAUAACUCUGCGCCCAGAUCCGUUACCUGACAGAUCAAGUUUUGAGACAGAUCAUGUAGGCCAAAGGGACCGUUAUGAUAGAGAUAGAGACCGUGAGCCUUAUUUUGAUCAUCAAAGUAAUGUCAUGUCAGAUCAUCGAGAUUUCAAAAGGGACCGGGACACUCACAGAGACCGAGAUCGGGAUCGUGGCAUGAUUGAUUAUGAUCGGGAUCGAUUUGACAGAGACCGCCGACCUCGAGAUGACAGAACUCAAUCAUAUCGAGACAAAAAAGACCAUUCUUCAUCCAGAAGAGGUGGCUUUGAUAGACCGUCUUACGACCGGAAGUCUGACCGACCAGCCUAUGAAGGCCCACCCAUGUUUGGAGGAGAACGAAGAAAUUACCCCGAGGAGCGGAUGCCCUUGCCUGCUCCUUCACUCAGCCACCAGCCUCCUCCAGCUCCACGGGUUGAGAAGAAGCCCGAAUCCAAGAAUGUGGAUGAUAUUUUGAAACCUCCUGGCCGAGAGAGCAGACCUGAGAGAAUUGUUGUCAUAAUGAGAGGAUUGCCUGGUAGUGGAAAGACACAUGUUGCAAAACUUAUUCGAGAUAAGGAGGUAGAAUUUGGAGGACCUGCCCCCAGAGUACUAAGCCUGGACGAUUACUUUAUCACUGAAGUGGAAAAAGAAGAAAAAGAUCCAGAUUCUGGAAAGAAAGUGAAAAAGAAGGUAAUGGAAUAUGAGUAUGAAGCUGAGAUGGAGGAGACCUACCGCACCAGCAUGUUUAAGACUUUCAAAAAGACUCUGGAUGAUGGUUUUUUCCCAUUCAUCAUCUUGGACGCUAUCAAUGACAGAGUUAGACAUUUUGACCAGUUUUGGAGUGCAGCGAAAACCAAGGGAUUUGAGGUAUAUUUGGCUGAAAUGAGUGCAGAUAAUCAGACUUGUGGCAAGAGAAAUAUUCAUGGAAGGAAGCUUAAAGAAAUAAAUAAGAUGGCUGAUCACUGGGAAACAGCCCCUCGUCAUAUGAUGCGCCUGGACAUUCGUUCGUUGCUGCAGGAUGCUGCAAUUGAAGAGGUGGAAAUGGAAGAUUUUGAUGCAAAUAUUGAAGAACAGAAGGAUGAGAAGAAAGAUGCAGAGGAAGAGGAAAACGAACUGGGUUACAUUCCGAAAAGCAAAUGGGAGAUGGACACAUCUGAGGCAAAGCUAGACAAAUUGGAUGGCUUGAGAACUGGCACUAAAAGGAAACGUGACUGGGAGGCGAUCGCCAGCAGAAUGGAGGAUUAUCUUCAGCUCCCUGAUGACUAUGAUACUCGUGCUUCUGAGCCUGGGAAGAAGAGGGUCAGAUGGGCAGACCUGGAAGAGAAGAAGGAUGCAGAUAGGAAAAGGGCCAUAGGUUUUGUGGUCGGACAAACUGAUUGGGAGAAGAUCACAGAUGAAAGUGGUCACCUGGCUGAAAAAGCCCUCAAUCGAACCAAAUAUAUAUGACUUCGUUUUUGAGUGGAGUCAUAGAUCCUCUAAGGUGGUUCGUUUUGAGGUGAUCUGAAGCCAAGACCUCACGGAGCAUCGUGUGUCACCUUACUUCCUCGUUUCAGUUUUUACUUGGUUUCUACUGCUUUAGUUUUUUAAAGUUCUCCUGUGUCCCCAAGAGGUAUUAAGCUCUUGCUGUGCCCAAGCAAGACAUAAUUUUUUUAAAGAACUAUUUUGGGGAGGGAGGGAGGUAUAGCUUAACUGCUGAAGCCAGGUGGGGCUCUGCUGGAAGGUUCCAGCAGAACUCAAACCGCAGUGUACAGUGUCACAGACGAUCUCUAUCAUUAUUGCUUUGUGGCUGUUUCUGUUUUUUACUGUAUGUAACUGGUAGCUGAUUGUACUAGGAUUAAAAACAAUAAACUUUCACGAUAAAGCC